AUGAACUGUAUGGUCGAAAAAACAAUUACUAACGAUAAUCAAAUGAUUAAAGAAGGCAAAUCUUCAUUGACUAUGAGUUUUUAUUACUUACCACCUCGAUAUGGCUCUGCAGCUGAUAUUCCAUAUGACGAAGGUUUUGAUUUAAAAUCUAUUCUCAAUUCUAAACCAGCGAUACCAUCAAAUGAUAUAAUGAAUGUAUUAAAUAAUAAUAAUAAUAAUAAUAAUAAAUUACAACAAAAACAGCAACAACAUUCUUCCGUUACCAAUAAUCUCAAUGAAUUACUUAUUAGUUAUGCUCGUGAUCGUGAAAAUCUUCUUCAAAAAGCAAAACAAGCUCAGCAAGAUUUUAUAAAUGCAAUGGAUUUGGAUUGA